AUGACAACAAUCAAUAAUGAACAUGAACAACUUGUUUCAAUGGUAAAUCAACUUAUGAAUGAACGUGAAAUAUUAUAUCGAGAAAAUGAAUAUUUAAAGGCUAAAUUAAAUGAAUCAAUAUUAAUUGAAACAAUUCAAGAAAUGAAAAAAGAACGAUAUUUUUUAUUGAAAUUAUUAUCAAAUUUAACAAUAAAUAAUAAUCAAGAUGAACAAUCACAAUAUAUGAAAAAGAAUAUGACAGAAAAUGAUACUGAUUUUCUUCAGUCAACUUAUUAUCCAACAUUCAGUAGUAAAGCAACUCAUUAUAAUACUUCAUUAGCUGAACAAAAUUCAACUAUUUCACAUCAUGGUUCAUCUGUAGCAAAUAAUCAGGGUCUAGCAAGACCGGUUUCGAUAAGUGCUAAAAGUUUAUACUUAUCAAUUGCAUUAUGA